GUGCAGAUAGAUGUGAAAGCGAGGGACGACCCAGAUAUAACAAAACCUCACGAUGAGCCUCGUUCCCCUCCUUUGAUGAGCUCUGUGAGCUUUAUACUGUUUUCAUUCUCAAAGUUGCUGGACAACUCGCUGGACGAUUUGUUCUUCCAAAAUGCCACACUCACGCUCAUUAUCAGAACAAUCAUGCCUGCUCUCCAAUGUGGACUUCAGUCAUGAAGAUGGAGGAGAUAGAUCCAGGCGUGGUCUACCAUAUACAUUCCCUUCCCAACAUCAAGUCCACGACUAUCACGACCCCGAAUCUGCCCUACCUCUAUCACCAACCCCCGAGGAAACCGAAUCCAUCAUCUCCUGGACUGACCUCCCCAACAAAAGCCAACUCCUCAUCCUUUCCCUCUGUCGCGUCUCCUCACCACUAUCCAACGUUCUCCUCCUCCCCUACCUCUUCCACCUCGUCCGCUCCGCCGUCUCCCCCCCAUCCGGCACUCCCAGCUUACAGGUAGCCACGGACAACGAUGAUGACAUAGUAACUUACUACACCAGCAUCCCCACCACUGCUGUCGUAUCAACUUAUUCCGGUGUGUUGGUGGCUGCUUUCCCGCUGGCUCAACUACUUGUUUCCUUUCUUCUUCCCUGGGAGAGACAUCAUGGUGGGAAAAUGCCCAUCGUUUGGAGCCUAGCCAUCUCGGCCGUUGCAAACUUGGCGUUUGGACUCAGUCGGUCGUUUUGGGCUUUGUUGUUUUGGAGGACGGUGAGCGGGUUGGCGAGCGGGAAUGAAGGAUUGGUGAGGAAGAUGGCGGGUGAGAAGACUUUUGGUGAGGAGAAGAUGUAUCAGGGUAAGGCUUGCCAGGUGCUGUCGGUGGUGGGUAAUCUGGGAGUGGUGAUUGGGUUGGCGAUGGGCGGGUUGUUGGCUGAGCCGGUGAAGACGAUGCCGGGAUUGUUUGGUGGUGCGGAAGGCGUGUUGAAUUGGAGUGGGAGUGAGGAAGGAGUGAAGUGGAUGGUUGAGUACCCGUUUGCGUUGCCCUCGGUCGUGAACGCCGUGUUGAUUGGGAUAGUGGCUGCGGUAGCUGCAGGAUGGCUAAGGGAGGCGAUGCCUAGACAAGACCAGGCCGAAGAUGGCACUGGGCAUUUCACCCAUAGACCAUACAUCCUCCUCAACAACACCUCGACCCUUUUCCCCUCCCAUAACCACGACGACGAAAAACCCGCACCCAAACCUCCCCUCUUCUCCGCCCUCACAACCCGUACCCUCCCCCCCUUAAUCUCCUCCUUCCUCCUAACCCUCCACACCUCCGCCUUCACUUUCAUCCUCCCCCUCCACCUCUCCGCCCCUUCCUCCCCUUUCAACCCCCUCCUAUCCAACUCUUCCUCCCACUCCCUAGUGCCCAUCCUCUUUCGCUUCACCGGCGGUCUUUCCCUCUCACCCCUUAUCAUAUCUCUGUACCUCUCCUUUUUCGGCCUUCUCGGCCUCCUUUUCCGGGGGUUCGUCUACCCCCGCUGGCAGAAGCGGCUCUGCAGCACCAUGGGCUUGUUUGAGCUCUCGCUGGCCGUCUUUCCUUUUGUGUAUUUGGUGACUCCCUACCUUUCUCUGUUCUCUUGGGGUCACCAGGAUACUACAAAGGGGUGCGCCGAGAUUAUGAGGUGGAUUGCUUUGGGGGUGGUGAUAGGGGGACAGACGCUGGCAAAGACGAUGGCGGAUCCUAGUGCUGAGGUCUUGCUUGUGGAGAGUGCGCCGUCGAAGCAGGGGGUGCGGGAGAGGGUGCAGGAAAUGGGAAAUAUUAUGAGAAGCUUGGCAAGCGUGGUGGGGCCGGUGGUUGGAGGAGUGGUGUAUGCGAAGGGGGUAAGGGAGGGGGUGGUGGGUGCUGCUUGGUGGUUUUAUUUGGUUGUUGUGGCGGUUGCAGCGGCGGGGUGGUGUGUAGGUGUUCAGGGGAGAGUGUAUGAGGAGCGCGAGGACGAGGAGAAGAGGUAGAUGUGAGUUGUUUUGGGCUAUGUGAAAACAUUUGGACGUUGGUGGUUGGGAUUUGGUUCGCUUCUAACUCUUGUUUAAGUAUAGACUAACUUUUUGUAUGAUGUAUGACUAUGACUAGAAGUGUUAUGACUUGAGAUCGUGUGUAGGAUACUGUAGCAACAAGCAACUGUAGCUCGACUUUUCAGGCGUUAAGAGAAAGGUGUCCAAAAUUGCC